UGUGGCUGCAGAUCUGCGGGUCCGGAGGAUGAGGAGCGACGGGGAUGCUGCUUCCUCAGCUCCGCUGAUAACACGCACGGUUCCGCUGCUGAAGGGAAACGGCCGCAAACAUGUCGUCGGACAGAAGGGACGGCCACCCCACCCAGUGAAGGCAGGAAAGCUGUGAGGACUGAGGGUUGACAGGGCGCAGACAGGCUCAGACUCAGGAGUCACAUCUUGUUGAAUGGACGGGGAGAAGACGCAUCAGGAGUCAAGACUGUUCUCUGCCCGAGGGGGAAUUGCUGUUUGAGGGGAAGGAAAAGAGUAGAAAGGGGUGAAGAAGAGGAGGAGAUGUGAAGACAUGGCCAGCAAAGGAGGAAGCACUCAGCCUUCACCAGCAGCAGCAGACAUCACCCCAGAGGCCAUCGGCUUCCUGUCGGCGGUGGGCGUCUUCAUCGUGGCGUUGGCCGUCCUCUUCCUCUUCAUAAACAAGAAGCUGUGUUUCUCACAUGUCGGUGGACUGCCCUGCCUGGAGCAACAUGGCCGUCGGAAGAAAGGACGAACAGGAAUCCGUCAGGGGCUCGUGAACAGCUACGGUGACGACGACGACGACAGUGGCUCCAGCUGCUCCGACAGUGAAGACGAGGUCCUGAAACAGUUUGAAAUCUCCCUGUCACGUUCACAGAGCUUUGGCACAGCAGCAGCUAACGGAGGCGAACAGCAGUCCCAGCAGCUGGCGUUGGGUCGACGUCACAAAUUUACCCGACUUUCGGACCAGGAGGAGGGCAGCACCGAGCCGUCAGACUGUGAAGGAAUGGACACUCAGGGAGAGCAGGGUUUCCUAGACCCUCUCUCUGCAGCAGCGGAAGAGAGCAAGAAGGCAUCUACAUGUUCUCUGGACAGAACCACUGAGGCAUCAGGGGCCAGGGACAGUCCCGCCCUGAGUGUGAAACGACAAGCUGCAGACGGCAGCGAGGACACGGAGAAAGCCCUGGAUCUCGACAAAAACGAUGCCACAGACAGCUCCCCCACCUGCAGCUUAGAGAGAGAGCAGCCUCCCAAUGACGAGGACUCGUCUCAGUUGGCCAGCUCUUCCCCUCCAGCCACCAUCCCUAAAUGUGGAGACCUGGCCCUCUCCCUGGAGUACAGUCCUGACACGCAGAAGGUGCUGGUUUCUGUGAUCGAGGCCCGGCACCUCCCCGACAAGGGUCGCACUGGGAUGGACUGCUGGCAGGUGCACAUGGUCCUGCUGCCGUCCAAGAAGCAACGCCAGAAGACAACGGCGCAGAAAGGUUCACUGCCGCAAUUCAAUGAGAACUUUCGCUUCUCACGCCUGGAACCGUCCGACCUGAAGACGUCAGCCAUCAGGUUCAGGCUGUACGCACUCGGAGGCAGGAUGUCCCGUGAACAGAUGAUGGGGGAGAAAGUGCUGUGUUUAGGGGAGCUCAGCCCGGACGGAGGGAAGAUGGAGAUGACGCUGGUUCUGGAGCCUCGGAGUAACCUCAAGAGUGUGGACUCCCAGCUGAGUCUGUCUGCUGUGUCUCAGAGCGACAGCGCCUCGUCCACCCAGUCUCUGACCCACGGCGGCGUCCCCGAGCUGCUGGUUGGCCUCUCCUACAACGCCACCACUGGGCGCAUAUCUGUGGAGCUCAUCAAGGGCAGCCACUUCAGAAACCUGGCCAUCAACAGGCCACCAGACACCUACGGCCGGCUCACUCUGCUGAACUCGGUUGGCCAGGAGAUCGCUCGAUGUAAGACGUCGGUGCGCCGUGGCCAACCUAACCCCGUCUACAAGGAGACCUUUGUCUUCCAGGUCGCACUGUUCCAGCUGUCGGACGUCACACUGCUGGUCUCCAUCUACAACCGCCGCAGCAUGAAGCGCAAGGAGAUGGUGGGCUGGAUCGCUCUGGGGCAGAACAGCAGCGGCGAUGAGGAGCAGCUCCACUGGCAGGACAUGAAGGAGUGUCAAGGACAGCAGGUCUGCCGCUGGCACGUCCUGCUGGAGGGAUAACGCCGCCUGUUGGACAGGAUCUAGUUUCUUUUUAAGGUGGAACUAUAGUUUGUACAUUAUCUAGGAAGUUAGAAAAACAGCCUUGAUUCGAUCUGCAGACAGGAAGAUGCAUGUGGUGUCAGAGUCGACAGAUUCAUAAUCACUUACAUCACAUGGGUCCAAACCUGGAAAGAGCUGGCUGAUUAUUCUGUGUUCAGCAUGAAGAACAAAUUCAUCUGCUCUUGGAGGCCGAUGGAAGUUCACGUCUUUUGUUGAUGAAUAAAAAUGAAUUUAAAAGUCUAAUAACGCCUUCAGAGAGGUUACAUGACAAAACUGACAAAGUCCUGACUCAUUCGUUUCUUUUUGAAGUCUGCUAAAGUAUUUCUUUGUCAUGUAAACUUGAAGGUUUGCUACAGAAAUUCUUUUUCCUUCUCAGUAAAAAGCUUAGCACAACAUCCAUUGGCCUCAAACAGGAGCUGAGAAUUUCUCCUUCUGUUUUCCUGGUGAAAUGCUGCUUUAGAAACUGUAUGUGAAUUAGAGGUGUGUGUGCGUGAGUUAUUUCUAAAUCUUGUUCUUCUUUUACUGGCUGACAAAUCGAUGGAGAUGCAAACAAACCUCCACAGCACAGGUGUGUUAAACCGGUGCAGAAAGAAGCUGCAUCCUGAAAAUCUAAUACUGAAAAUGUCACGUUUUCUUGGAAAAGCAGCAGGUUGUUGUUAAAUUGUGAUCGUUUCCUGCAGAAUGUCUGGAAACAAGUGGCUGAGUGUAAGAUGAUGUUGGUACCUGACAUGAAUCAGACCAGUGUGUUCAUGCAGGAGGUCACAGGCGACAUUUCUUCACCAGCUCCUUCAUGAAUGCACCCAUUAACACACUGUCACAGUACUACAACAAACAUGACGUAGAUUGCAAACAGUUGGACAUAACAGAAAUUUGAAACCGUAUUGCUGCACCCGAGCUCUACAGUGAGCGUGACAGAAGGCAGAAGUGACAUUUAUAUUCGGCUCUGCAGU